AGAUAAACCAGUUCCUGUCUCUCUGGUGGUGUAGCUCACUUCCUGUGCCUCUGCUGCUUAUGUUUGACUCUCUCUCUCUGUUAAGACUGUUGUCCCCACAGAUAUGGAUUUUUUGAUGGCACAGCCACCUUAUAAACUUCUUAUCUUUUUGUGCAUGAUACGAGGAACGUAUGGAGUGCUUAUACAAUAUAAUGUGAACGCAACUGCUGUGGUGGGACAGAAUGUCAGUCUGCAGUGCAUUGUGGGAGAGGAGCGUGACGUCACAAUUAUCCAGCUGGAAUGGAUUAAACAGCAUAAAGAAAAUGAGAAGAGCGAUCAGAAGAUUGUUGUGUUUCACCCUCAGUUACCAAUACAUUAUUUUCAAUCUGGUCCUCAUCUGGAGACAGUGACCAGUUUAAAAACUAGGAAGUUGCAGGGCUCAAUCCUGACCCUGUAUAAAGUUUCAGUGUAUGACAGUGGAAACUAUAUUUGCGAAAUUACAUCUUAUCCUAAUGGCUCAAUUAAAAGAACCACAAAACUCCAAGUCACAGAGCCUCCAGCAUCAGUGAAGAUGUCAUAUCCAUAUGGAUUCAUAAAAGAGGGAGAUCACGUGAAAAUAACUUGUUCAGCUAUCCCUCCACCACUCCGUUAUAAACUUGCAAGGUCAAAGAACAAGAUUUUUUGGCUGGAUAGCCCAAAUGGAGAGUUCACUUUACCACAUGUCACUAGAAACGACAGCGACGUGUACAUCUGUUUACCCGAAUGGGACUCAUUAGUACAAAAUCAGCAAGGUCUCAAUGCCACCAUGGAACUGACUGUGAAUUUUCUCGAUGGCAUUGAGUGUAACACAAGCAGCCCUUUAAACGCCAGUGUGGGUGAGGAUGUGAUCAUUUCUUGUAAAGCAAAAGCAUCACAGUACUUGCAGUAUAAGUGGAUGAAGGGUGACACAGCACUGUCUCUGUCAAACACUUUGUCUCUGACCUCCAUAACAUCUGAGCAGUCAGGAACAUACAAACUGACAGCUGUCUUUCUGAACAAUCAACUCCAGACAGACAUGCAGUUUUCUCUCCAUGUUCUCUCAAAGCAAAGCCAAGAAAUGACAACUUCUUUGCCAGUAAGAACCACCAAACAUCUGAGCAGCUUCACCUCCAAUGGGACCAGCUCAUGGAGCACUGAUACCACUGUGUCUACAACAGAAUCUGGGCACUUCCUAGCUAGCACAAUAAAACCAAAUGCCACUAUGACAAGCCUACAACCCAGACACAGCAGUCAUCCCACUGGCAGCUCUUCUGCUCCACCUGUUGGCAAUGUGUCUACAUUACAUGCAAGCACUGUAAAAUCUACAGGUACCUCUACAGACAGUUUGAGCACAACUCCAGAUCCAGCUACCAGAAGAGAAAGAGUAUCCACUGGUAUAACACAGAAAAACAUCACCACUGUUAUAACACAGAAAAACAUCACUGUUACAGCACCAAAAGCCUCAAAAAGCUCAGUAUAUAUCGCCAUUCCGAUUGCGUUGUUGUUACUUGUGUUGAUUCUGCUUCUAUUCAGAAGACACCAGAACCAAAAAAAAAUGGAUAUGCCACCUCCAUUCAAACCUCCCCCUCCACCAGUGAAAUACACAUCAGUGAGGAACCAUGAUGUCUACAUUACUGAUAUUCUAGUGUGACUGUAUCAUGUACUUGACAGCCCACAAACCGUGGGCCACAAAUAUGCUGACAUGGACGAUUUUUGCCUCAAGGCCUCACCAAAAAAAUUGUUUCAUCAAUUACUCAUCCUUGUGAACUUUUGUUCAACGUCAAAACGCAAAUGAAGAUACUUUUACAGACAGAGAUUUCUGUCUUUCCAUUGAAAGUCCACGCAACCAGUAAUUUGAUGCUUCAAAAAGUUCAUAAAGACAAUGUAAAUGUAACACACGUUUAAUUCAAGUUUUCUGAUGAGGCAGUCACUUUAUAUGAUGAACAGAUUUAAUUUAAUUUUUUAUUCACAUGUAAACAUCGAUCAGUACAUAGAGUACAUCAAACAUAUUAUUUUUUUUUUUUGAAGUUUUAUGGAUUUAUAAUUUUGGGGUGAAUGAACUCUGUAACAUUUUAUUUUGUUAUAUUUUUGGUUAUUGCGAAAUCACUCUCAUUUUCAUGUUUUUGUGUGUUUUUUAAGUAUUUUUUUCACUUAUUUACUUUGUGUUUCUGAACUGCAUCAGAUCUGUUACUCUUAUAAUAAUUAGAUUUUGUUAUUUUUUAACUGAAAACAAAUGUGACUGAACUUUGCUAACUAUGCUUUA